AACCCUGUAAAUAAAACGAAGCAACCGUCAGAAUUUCAUUUGUACCGUGGCAACCAAAUAAACAAGUUAACUAGGGAAUCAAUUUCAUCCUUGGCGAAUCUAACUUAACAAUGCGAAAGUUUAAAAGAAAGGUUUACCGCGAAUAUGAAAAUUUCGUGCGACCCAAGACUCAUGUGGAACCGGAGCCUCCAAAGCCCAUUAACUUAUCGAUUGCGGACUUCAAUGCGCGCGGAGAGAUCUCCAAUCCCCGUGCUCCUUGCGUGGUCACCACCAUUGAUCCCCAUUAUAUUAAGGACGCCAGUGCACAACGUUUGGCCAGAAAAUUUCGCAUGAAAACAGACAUCCUACUCUUGAGGGAGAUUACCCGCAAUCGCUUUAUGUACUAUGCCACGCAAGAACUUUUUUUGGACCGCAAACGCGAGAAGGAAUACCAAGACAAUAUAUACGAAAAGGCCGAGGAGUUUCACAAGUUUGCAGAGGAGUCGCUCAAGAAAAUGGAGGCGGAGGAGUUCAAGAAAAUGUUAGAGGCCCAAGAAAAGCUGAAGACGCUGAAGGAAAGCAAACUAAGCGAGGAGCUGAACGAGGUGAAGCUGGAGCAUCAGCGAGUGCUGAUGGAAGUGCAGGAGGUCUACGGUCGUUUUCAGUUUUUGCUCAAGCUGAUCAGCUAUUUUGAUGACACAGUGGAGGAGGAGCAAGCUGACGGAGACGAUGCCAGCAAUAAGCUUAGCAUGCCGCAGGAAAUCGUUGCCAUGGAGAUCACCGAACGACAUCCUGCGGGUCUCGAGCAAGUGCGUCAAGUACAAGAGUACAUGGACAAGAUAGUGCGUCCAUAUUUGGCCAAGCGUAAUCAUCUCAAUGCAGAGAUCUGGAUACGUGGCUAUGAGAGAAAUCGCUUAAAAGUGUCCAACUACAACAGGCGCUUUUCUCAGUUGGCCCUCCUGAACCACAUCGUAGCCAUCCUCCAUGACAAGGCCCAGAAGACAUACGAGCGCCAGGUGAAAGCCAAUGUGUUCCUCAAGGAUCCCGAGUUCCUGCAGCGACGAGUGGCAGGUCUUCAGGAGCGUGCCAAGGGACUAUUAAAUGACUACGAGCAGAGAUACUGCAAGGACAAGCUGAAUAUAAAGCUGAAUAGCAUUGUACCAAUUAUUCUCAAGCAAAUCCAAAACAAAGUUAAGCCGGAGCAAAAGCGAGAGGUAACGCACCCGCCAUCCAAGGCAGCAGCCCAGAAGUCGUCCAAGCAAUGGCGAACUCUGGAAGACAUGCAGCCUCCACCACCGCCACCCAAGUCCACAUACGAGGACGAACAGGACACGACUCUAGCCAAGGUGGAGAAAAUCCAGGGCUACGUUUUGGAACUCUUGGCUAAACUGGACCACAUCGAACCGAGCAAGCUACGAAGUGUCGAGCAGCAGGUUCGACGUCGCAUGGCAGCGGAGAAGGAGAUGUCUCGCCGUGCGUUGGUUAAGCAGAACCGGCUACACAACUGGAUGGCGCACUUCAAGAAGCAUCAUGAUCAGCAGGCUGAGCAGCGAUGGAAGAACAAAGUCUAAGCUGAAUAACAGCACUCUACUCAAAACAUUAAAUGAAUCCAAUUUAAAACUUA